GGGGGGCAGCCUCCCAGGAGGCUGUGGGAGAGGAGAGCCAUCAGAGACACAGCCAGCUUGUCUGUCUCCACCAGCAUCUGCUGAGCCAUGAACCAAGCCCGGGAUUUACAGGGAGGAAAGGCCUUUGGGCUGCUGAAGGCCCAGCAGGAAGAGAGACUGGAUGAAAUCAAUAAGCAAUUCCUGGAUGACCCCAAAUACAACAGUGAUGAGGAUCUGCUCUCCAAAUUGGAAGCUUUCAAGAAGAAAUACAUGGAGUUUGACCUGAAUGGAAACGGAGAUAUCGAUAUCAUGUCCCUGAAGCGAAUGUUGGAGAAACUUGGGGUACCCAAGACUCACCUGGAGCUAAAGAAAUUAAUCAAGGAGGUUUCCCAGGGCUCUGGAGAGACUUUCGACUACUCUGACUUCCUCAGGAUGAUGUUGGGCAAGAGAUCUGCCAUCCUCAAAAUGAUCCUGAUGUACGAAGAGAAAGCAAGGGAGCAGGAGAAGCCAACAUGUCCUCCAGCCAAGAAAGCUAUCUCUGAGUUGCCCUGAUUUGUGGUGGGAUUAAAGGGGCUUCUAAUGACUCCAACACAAAAAAAGAAGACAAAAUUGUGAGCCAGAGUCGAACUAAAAUAAAUUCUCCUCCUUCUCUA